AUGUUAAGAGUGACAGAAAUGUCCUCAAAUAUUAUGAUGCUGAAACAAUUAUUAGAGAGUGCCCCAUAUUCAAAGUUCACUGCUUGUUGCUAUUUGUGUCAAUUCACAGCAUAUUCAGCUCAACUUCCAGCUUUAAUUUUUAUAAACAAGUCAAAAGUUUUGCUUGAAAAUCUAAUAUCGUUGGGAUUUAAAAUUUUAAAUAUUCUGAAUAUCUCUUCACCUUAUUUUAGGAAAACCUUUAUCGACUUUAAUUAA